CCUUUGCGAACUGCUUUUAGCUUCAACUAUUUAAUCAACAUCAUCACUAUGGAACCAACCACUGUACUACUACCACCAAAGUCACCAUGUAUUGCCAGAAGUGUCGUGCACCGCUUAAGCUAGAUAACUCACUAGCGGAUCUCAAUCCAGCCGCGUUUGAACUACUCGUUGCUUCGUCCUCUCAAAAACAGCCUAAGCGACAGCUGUCUUCACGUCUAACCUACCCAAAUGACUCCGAGCGAAGAGCCCUCUAUGAUAGGGUAUCGAAAGAUACCGGGUCUGCUACGUUUAAGAGAAAUAGCAGCGCCUUACGCAGCGACGGCCAACCUCGUGACAGUUCAGCCAUGUCUUUCGUCCUCCUGACCGAGUCUCAAGUAGCUCCACCGAGGCUUACGCCUCCAAUAGAGUCACCAAAUCCAAGACAACAACGUCGAAUAUCCAUGUCGAAUGGGCAGCGUAAUGAUGGAAAACCAGCGCAACCUCACGAAGCCGAGCGCAUUAAUAAGCUCUUCGAAAUAUUAUCUGCGCGAUCCGAUAUUGAUCAUCCUAUCUGUGUUGAGUGUACAGAAAUGCUAGUGGACGGGCUUCAGAAGAAACUAGAAUCUACGGCACGGGAACGAGAUGCAUAUGCGGCAUUCUUGAAGCAGGUCCAAGCCGAUGUGCCUAAUGAAGAGGAUAUCGCCGAAUCAGAACAGGCUCUAGCAAAAGCACGCAAAGCAGAGGAAGAAUCGAUGAAACAACUAGCAGCCUUAGAGAAGGAAAAGGCAGCCUUAGACUUAGAGAUCGCAGCUCUCGAGGAGGAAUCAGCAGCACUAGAUACCGAAGAGGAACAGUUUUGGAGAGAACGCAACGCGUUUACAACAAAACUCACAGAAUUCCAGAACGAAAGAGACAGUAUAAACUCCAGAUUCGACCACGACUCUCAACUCUUGACUAAGCUGCAGCGAGCGAAUGUUUAUAACGACACAUUCUCGAUACAUCAUGACGGUCACUUCGCAACAAUCAACGGUCUCAGAUUAGGUAGACUGUCGGCGAAACCUGUGGACUGGCCAGAAAUUAACGCCGCUUGGGGCCAGGCAUUAUUGUUAGUUGUCACCGUCGCUGAUAAACUGGGGUACAAAUUUGAUAGCUAUGAACCACUACCUAUGGGUUCGACAUCGAAGAUCGUUCGGUAUGAUUACCAGUCCCCGUCGUCUAGCCGACUAGGUGGUCAUCGAAGUGGGCCCCCGCCAGCACCCAAGAAGACCGUCCUAGAACUAUUCUGUUCCGGCGACCUUCCACUACAAAUGUUGUUCAACCGGAAAUUCGACCAGGGAAUGGUCGCCUUCUUGGAGCUAGUAAGACAACUGGGAGCCUUCGUCCACCAGCAGACGAAAAACAGUGAACAGGGAGGAUACACAGCGAAUCCACUGGCACUCCCUUACAAAAUUGAGGGAGACAAGAUCGGGGAUGACAGGAUAGGCCAUUUCAGCAUCAAGCUAGGGAUGAACACGGACGAAAGCUGGACAAAAGCAUGCAAGUUUGCGCUCACGUGCUGUAAGUUUCUAAUAGCACAUGCAAGUAACGUUAGCCAUGUUACGAACGGUCGUUGAGCUGCAUCGGCAUUUGGUUGUCAGUACUCGGGAUGGUGUUAGGCGUUUCUAGAGGUCGGCAGGACAUAUUAUACCACUGGCUAAUUUGCUAUACAACUUCGAAGUGCGGGAUUAUCAAUUAUCAGAGGAACAUCUAGAUGAAGCG